GCUCGCCCCUCCCCGGCGGGCCAGGCGCUGGGACGCCCCGACCGACCAGGCGGCGGCGGCGGCGGCAGCGGGAGAGUUGGGGAGCCCCAGGCUCGGUGCUGCCGCAGACACCGGAGCCGAGUGGUCCCCGCCCCGGCCGGGCCGCGCCGGGCCCGCUUCCCGCGGGGCCACGCCCUGUCAAACUUUGUUGCUGCGGCGGCGAGCGGAGCCGAGCGGGCCGGCCAGCGGGAGGGAGGGGCGCCGGGCCGGGCCGGGCAGGGCGCGGGCGGCCAGGGGCUCCGAGAAGCGGCGGCCCCGGCCCCGCGGCCCCACCAUGCCCCAGCUCGGUGGAGGCGGCGGUGGCGGUGGCGGCGGCGGCGGCGGCGGCAGCGGCGGCGGGGGAGGCAGCGGCUCGGGCGCUGGCGCGGCCGGCGGAGGAGACGACCUCGGGGCGAACGACGAGCUGAUCCCCUUCCAGGACGAGGGGGGCGAGGAGCAGGAGCCGAGCAGCGACAGCGCCUCGGCGCAGCGGGACCUGGACGAAGUCAAGUCAUCCUUGGUCAACGAGUCUGAGAACCAGAGCAGCAGCUCGGACUCGGAGGCGGAGAGGCGCCCGCAGCCCGUCCGGGACGCUUUCCAGAAGCCGCGAGACUAUUUCGCCGAAGUGAGAAGGCCCCAGGACGGCACGUUCUUUAAGGGCCCCCCGUACCCUGGGUACCCCUUCCUCAUGAUCCCGGACCUGAGCAGCCCGUACCUCUCCAACGGACCCCUGUCUCCGGGAGGAGCGCGCACGUACCUGCAGAUGAAAUGGCCCCUCCUCGACGUGCCCUCCAGUGCCACGGUCAAGGAUGCGAGGUCACCAUCUCCAGCACACUUGUCCAAUAAAGUUCCUGUCGUGCAGCACCCGCAUCACAUGCACCCGUUGACCCCACUCAUCACCUACAGCAAUGACCACUUCUCCCCCGGCUCCCCUCCUGCACAUCUCUCCCCAGAUAUUGAUCCAAAGACAGGAAUCCCCCGGCCCCCACACCCAUCCGAGCUGUCACCGUAUUACCCACUGUCCCCGGGUGCUGUCGGACAGAUCCCCCAUCCCCUCGGCUGGCUCGUCCCACAGCAAGGACAGCCCAUGUACUCACUCCCUCCUGGUGGCUUCCGGCACCCUUACCCCGCCCUCGCCAUGAAUGCCUCCAUGUCCAGCCUGGUCUCCAGUCGGUUCUCCCCACACAUGGUGGCUCCCGCUCAUCCCGGCCUGCCCACCUCAGGGAUCCCCCACCCUGCCAUCGUCUCCCCCAUCGUCAAGCAGGAGCCAGCAGCCCCGAGCCUGAGCCCCGCGGUGAGCGCGAAGUCCCCUGUGACCGUGAAGAAGGAAGAGGAGAAGAAACCGCAUGUGAAGAAGCCUCUGAACGCCUUCAUGUUGUAUAUGAAGGAGAUGAGGGCCAAGGUGGUGGCCGAGUGUACCCUGAAGGAGAGCGCGGCCAUCAACCAGAUCCUGGGACGGAAGUGGCACAACUUAUCUCGAGAAGAACAAGCCAAGUACUACGAGCUGGCCAGGAAGGAGCGGCAGCUUCACUCCCAGCUCUACCCGACCUGGUCGGCCCGGGACAACUACGGUAAGAAAAAGAAGAGGAAGCGAGAAAAGCAGCUGUCUCAGGCCCAGACGCAGCAGCAGCAAGUCCAAGAGGCAGAGGGUGCCCUGGCCUCCAAGAGCAAGAAGCCAUGUGUCCAGUACCUGCCCCCAGAGAAGCCCUGUGACAGCCCAGCCUCCUCCCACGGCAGCAUGUUGGACUCCCCUGCCACCCCCUCGGCAGCCCUGGCCUCCCCAGCCGCCCCUGCUGCCACCCACUCCGAGCAGGCACAGCCCCUGUCCCUCACCACCAAGCCGGAGACCCGGGCCCAGCUGGCCCUGCACUCGGCUGCCUUCCUGUCGGCCAAGGCCGCAGCCACCUCCUCGGGCCCGAUGGGCAGCCAGCCUCCCCUCCUGUCCCGGCCCCUUCCCCUAGGGUCUGUGCCCACCACUCUGCUGACCUCUCCCCCGUCCUUCCCGGCCACACUCCAUGCCCACCAGACCCUGCCCGUGCUCCAGGCCCAGCCUCUCUCCUUGGUCACCAAGUCUGCCCAUUAAAGCUGUCCCCUACCCUGACUCCUGACCUGACCUAUGCAGGCUGUCAAGUGACUCAUCGAGUAGUAAUGAUUCAGAAGAAAAAAAAAAGGAAACUUUAUUGGUCAAUAUUUGACCACCCUGGACUGUUGUGCAAAGUGGCUGGUAACAGCAGCACUUUGCACUUUGUAGAUGUAACCAGUAGCUGAAUCUCAAGGCUUUUUUAAAAAACAAAACAAAACAACAAAAAAAAAUUGUUACGAGCGAGAGAACUGAGAAGUAGUGCAUUACUCUUCCCGUGGGUGCAGUGGUGGAUGGGCCUGGGCAGAAGACCCCUCCUCUCUACCUCCUUCUCUUCCCCCCGCCCUCCUCUUCCUCUCCCCCACCUCCGUGAGCACCUUGGCCGACGCUGCGGUUUCUAACCUGGCAUCUCUUCCUGAUUUCCUGCCUGGACAUUUCCCCAGCACCAGGCGCCUCUCUGCCAUAUCUUUUCUUGUCCUCUGCCCAGUGUGAGGCCGUCACCUUGUGAGAAGACAUCACGGCCUGGUUCAUGUCCACCAGCAUCCCUGCUCCCUUGGUGGGCCCCCAGCCCACCAGCCCCCAACUUUCGGUGGGGAGAGAGGUCCUCUGAACCGGCCCCCCAGUCCCCACCACAUUUAAAGGGACCUAACGUGCCUGCCACUUCCUCAGUGAAGAAGUCUGUGUCCACCCCGCCCUGCCCUUUUCCUUACCUGUCAAGAUCCGCCCCUCACAGUCCCUGCGUGGCAGGCAGGCCCUGGCUCCAGGGCCCGGUUCCUGUCACCCGGGUCAGUGCUAGCACAAUCUGCCAAAGCUCUAAGGACCCUCCUCCCUGGCCCCUCACCUCACAUGCUUCUUCCAUGUGUAUUUCGUUUUAUUUUUAUGGUUUUUUGGAGCAAUUUAAACCCCCAGUUGGUUAUUUUCACAAAAUAAAACUGCAGUGGCAAGA